AUGGGCGGCGGCGGCCCGCGGCGGCCCAGCGCGCUGCCGCUGCUGGCGCUGGCGCUGCUGGCGGCGCAGGGCGGCGCGGCGCCCCUGCAGCCCGGCGGCUCCCCCGCGCUCACCAAGAUCUAUCCCCGCGGCAGCCACUGGGCUGUGGGACAUUUAAUGGGGAAAAAGAGCACUGGAGAUUUUCCUUAUGGUUAUGAAGAAGAAAACAAGAUCCCAUUUUCAGCACUACCUGAAAAUAUCAAGCAGCUGGAUGACUCUCUGCAGUGGGAAGAAAUGUCCAAAUAUUUGCUACGGCUGCUGGAAGGGAAUGAAAAUAAAAGUGCUCACUUCUUAAAAGGAGGGCUUCCCUGGUAUACGAGGAACACCUGGGAGACAGAUGGCAAUAGCAGCUGGAAAGAUAUGAUGGAGUAUUUGCUUCAAGUUGUGAAUAUGAAAGAGAACACUCCAAGCUGAAAGAAGGUCUCUAAACCUUGAAGAAAUGGAAUACUUUCCAUAAGAGACUAUGUUUCACAAGCACUUGAUUGUAUCAGAUAAUCAACAAGGUUUCCAUUCUGUAAACAAUAUUUCCUUUGAGUAAAAUAUCUAAAUACAAAUAUUCUUGUAUGUUUCAGCAAUGACUACACUCUACUUCAUUUUAAAGGUUGCAUUUUCUCACUUAAAUGGCUUUGAUAUGCAUAAUUGUCAUGGAAGGGUCUUCCAAUUAAUUAUACAACGUCUAUCUAAUCAGUUCAUCUCUUAGUUUAAAAUU